AGCUAGAAGAAGCUGAGAAUGCCUCGUUAUGAUGAUAAGCAUGACAAUACCCGCCUCUAUGUGGGUCACUUGUCUUCAAGGACCAGGGAACGUGAUCUCGAGAGAGCUUUCAGCAAGUAUGGAAGGUUUCUGGGGUUUUGGCUAAAACCUGGAGAUCUGUGUUGGAAGGGUGGCCUUGGUGAAAAUUCCCACGAAUGUUGACUUUGGCGAUUCUUUCUCUAUUGUUAUUGCAUAUUUUUAUGGAAAUGGCAACAAUCACAUACUGGUGUUUAGUUCGUUUUUGAGGGGCGAAGUAUCAUACAGUUCCAGUAGUUAAGUAAUGAUGGCCUUACUGUUUCUGGAAACCAUUUACGCAGAGUUCGAGGUGUGGAUAUGAAGCAUAAUUUCGCCUUUGUUGAAUUUAGCGAUCCUCGAGAUGCUGAUGAUGCAAGAUAUAACCUGGAUGGUCGUGAUGUUGAAGGAAGUCGUAUUGUUGUGGAAUUUGCCAAAGGGGGUCCUCGCGGUAACCGCGAAUACUUGGGUCGAGGUCCACCUCCUGGAUCUGGACGCUGCUUCAAUUGUGGCCUUGAUGGUCAUUGGGCCCGAGAUUGCAAAGCUGGGGAUUGGAAGAACAAGUGCUACCGAUGUGGGGAUAGGGGUCAUGUAGAAAGGAACUGCAAGAACAGUCCCAAAAAAACGAGUGGCAGACGUGGAAGGAGUUAUUCUCGUUCACCGGUCAGGUCUCGUUCCCCUCGUCGUGACAGAAGUCGUGAUCGAAGUUAUAGCCGAGACCGCAGCUACAGCCGAUCAAGAUCCCCUAUCGGUAGAGAAAAAAGCCCACUUCGUGAUGGAUCACUCAGUCCUCGCAACAGAAGCCCUGUGCCUAAAAGUAGCCCUCAGCCCUCCAAGACCAGGAAGCAUAGUUUAUCACCUGACCGAGCUAGCCCACAGAAGAGAGGUGACUCCUCUCCUGCUGAGGAUGGGUUGGUCACCCAGCAAGAUGGGUCUGACUACAGCAAUGGCCAUAGAGAUAGGAGCAGAAGCCCUGCUAGCCCUGUAAGGGACCGUGAAGGUAGCCUUAAAGCUAAUGGUCGCAGUCAGAGCCCUGGCCGAAGUCCAAGGGAUGAUGACAGGAGCCCCAUUGAUGAUGAUGAUGGCAACCACCGCCGCUUGCCAAGAGGUAGUGAGUCCCCUUGAAUUGUAUUAUUCUGAGAAAUGAACUCAGGAAGCUGUGGAGUGUUUUAUCUGAUUUGGUUACCGAAUGCACUUCAUCGUAAAUUAUGUGUCAAUUAUUCUCGCUCAAACAAUUGCAAAACUGUAUAUCUGUUAUUCAGAUUUAGUGUUUGUUGUGCUGUGUGCGGCAUGACAAGAAUAUAGCUUUGAGGACAAAUAUUUUGAACCAAUGCAUGCGAAUUGUUAUGAGAUUUAAAAUCCA